AUGCUAAACAUCCUCCAGAUACCCGCUCCUGUAAAGAGUUUUUUUGAUAAGUUUCCAAUAGAAACUUAUGGUCCCGUUGAGAAGAGAGAUGACGCGUUAGCGCAUGAGAUAAAUUCCCGAAUUUAUAACUUUGAAGGAAGCAAUGCCUUGCAGAAGUCUGCAAAUGAUACUUUCAAACUAGGCGUUUAUCGUGUAAUGCAAGAUUCGCGUAGCGGACGCUUCUUAGCCUCUGAUCCAUGGUGCUUGUACGCGCAACUAUCAUUGUGCAAGAAAAGCGGUCUCAAAUUGAGCUCUAAAUGCAAAGUCCAGGAAAUUAAAGACUCGAAUCCAAAUUCAAAGCAUUCGGUGUAUGAGAUAUCAUCUCUAGCUGCCAACGAACGUGUUCUUCCUGUGCUCAUCGAAGGCAGCUCAAAACGGCAUGUGCGCUCCGCCGCUGGGAUAUACGAAAUCUUGAACUCGCGACUCACAACCGCUGAAGAGCUGAUGUACUCGUUACUUUUAGACUCUGUGGUCUACGACUGCUAUACGUCAAAAGUUUUAUAUCAAUUGAACUUUUCAGAGUUUUUGAACCUCUACGGCGAUCGGUCCUCAACGGCUGUUGACAGAUUAGUCUGCCAUACUCUGCGCGAAGAUUUGAGUAAGCGUAAUAAUUUCGCGCUCCGUCAUCGCGAACUGGUUGCGCGGGGCCGCUAUUCUCAGCUUUUCAAACGCUCGGAUAAUAUGCUGCAGCUGAUUGCCCGUGUCGAAGAGAACUGUCGUCAGACUUUGACACAAUUUCAAGCGCUGCUGGGAACUACGACCGGCUUUUAUCAGGAUAAUUCUGAACCUUCUUACCUGGACUUGAAACUCGCAAGCUACAUCUAUUGUUUACUAACCCUUCCCGAAUCUGCAUCCAUGGCCGAAUUUUUGCGUCAAGAGUGCUCUGUUUUGGUGGUACAUUCUCAAAAGGUGAUUUCAUACUACCAAUAG